CUCAGAAGAAAAGGAGGAAGCGGAGUGAGAGCAGCGCAGCUCGUCUAUUAACUGCAAAAGGACGAGAUCACAAGAACCCUCAAACAAACUAGUUUUUUUAAACUCCUCUAAUCGGAACAACGCGCGUGAGCGACUUUUGCAACCCGCAGAGCCGCUUUCAGCCUCCAACAACUUGCGUCGGUUCGCUUAAAGUCAAAAUAAAGACAGUUGCACAGAUAGUCGGAGAAUGGCAGACUCGGCCGCGGCCAACAGCGACGGGGAGGACGGACCCCGCGAGCCCAUGCGGGGCUUCGCGCGCCAGGGAGCCCUCCGCCAGAAGAACGUGCACGAGGUGAAGGACCACAAAUUCAUCGCGCGCUUCUUCAAGCAGCCCACCUUCUGCAGCCACUGCACCGACUUCAUCUGGGGGUUUGGCAAGCAGGGAUUCCAGUGUCAAGUGUGUUGUUUCGUGGUGCACAAACGUUGCCAUGAGUUCGUCACUUUCUCCUGUCCAGGUGCUGAUAAAGGACCUGCGUCAGACGACCCGAGGGCAAAGCAUAAGUUUAAGAUCCACACCUACUCCAGCCCGACCUUUUGCGACCACUGUGGCUCUCUGCUCUACGGCCUCAUACACCAGGGCAUGAGAUGUGACCACUGUAUGAUGAACAUCCACAAGCGCUGUGUGGCCAAUGUGCCGAGCCUGUGUGGAACAGACCACACUGAGAGGAGAGGUCGCCUCCAGAUCACCGCUGAGGUCAAGACUAAUGUACUCACUGUUACCAUCAAAGAGGGCAAGAAUCUGGUUCCUAUGGACCCCAACGGUCUGUCAGACCCCUAUGUCAAGCUCAAACUGAUCCCAGAUCCCCGUGGCGAGAGUAAACAGAAGACCAAGACCAUAAAGUGCUGCCUCAACCCCACCUGGAAUGAGACCUUUAAAUUCCACCUGAAGGAGUACGAUAAGGACCGCCGUCUGUCGGUGGAGGUGUGGGACUGGGAUCUGACCAGCCGCAACGACUUCAUGGGAUCGCUGUCCUUCGGCAUCUCAGAGCUCCAGAAACAAGGAGUGGAUGGAUGGUUUAAGCUGCUCUCCCAGGAAGAAGGCGAGUACUUCAAUGUUCCCGUUGCUCCGGAGGGGGAGGAGGGCAACGAGGAGCUACGGCAGAAAUUUGAGAGAGCUAAAAUUGGACCAGGCAAGAACACAGAUGGCAAGUCAGCCAACGCUGCAUCCCGGUUUGACUCCAAUGGCAACCAAGAUCGCAUGAAGCUGGCUGACUUUAACUUCCUGAUGGUGCUGGGCAAGGGAAGCUUCGGCAAGGUGAUGCUGGCAGAGCGUAAAACGACAGAGGAGCUGUACGCCAUAAAGAUCCUGAAGAAGGACGUUGUGAUCCAGGACGAUGACGUGGAGUGCACCAUGGUGGAGAAGAGAGUGUUAGCGUUGCCUGGAAAGCCUCCGUUCUUAACACAGCUGCACUCCACUUUCCAGAGCAUGGACCGUUUGUAUUUUGUCAUGGAGUACAUAAACGGAGGAGAUCUCAUGUAUCAGAUUCAGCAGGUCGGCAAGUUCAAAGAGCCCCAUGCUGUAUUCUAUGCUGCGGAGAUAGCCAUUGGUCUGUUCUUUCUACAUCAAAAGGGCAUCAUCUACAGAGAUCUGAAGCUGGACAACGUGAUGCUGGACUGUGAGGGUCACAUUAAGAUAGCAGAUUUUGGCAUGUGUAAAGAAAACAUGACCGAUGGAAUCACCACCAAGACCUUCUGUGGGACACCAGACUACAUCGCUCCUGAGAUCAUAGCCUACCAGCCGUAUGGAAAGUCUGUGGACUGGUGGGCCUUUGGAGUAUUGCUCUACGAGAUGCUGGCGGGACAGCCUCCAUUUGACGGCGAAGAUGAGGAUGAGUUAUUUCAGUCCAUUAUGGAGCAUCACGUCUCCUAUCCCAAGUCAAUGUCCAAGGAGGCUGUCGCUAUCUGUAAAGGGCUGAUGACGAAGCAUCCAGCGAAACGGCUGGGCUGUGGUCCGGAGGGGGAGAGAGACAUCAGGGAGCACAGCUUCUUCCGCUACAUGGACUGGGAGAAACUGGAGAACAAGGAAGUGCAGCCGCCGUUCAAACCCAGAGCUUGUGGACGGGAGGCCGAGAACUUUGACCGUUUUUUCACACGCCACCCGCCGGUGCUGACCCCUCCCGAUGAGGAAGUGAUUCAGAACCUGGACCAGGACGAGUUCCAGGGGUUCUCCUUUAUCAACCCAGAGUUCCCAGGAACUGCUGCUACCACCACUGCCACCGAGCAGGCUUGAUUUCAGCUCAUGCACGGACACAUGGACACACACACACACACACACAAACAUAUACAUAAUCAGUUUCCCCCAGUAUCAACCCUGUGUAGCCUGGAAAUGAUUUGUGCUGUCACAGGAACCAAGAAGCCAUGACUUAAACUGAUACACAGGCAUACUAAAUACACAAUAAGACAUGAACACAUUUCUUGUUCACACUGCUGCAACCUGGAUGAUGUGUUGGCCUCUUCUGAGGGUCCAUGUGCAGUUUAAAAUGGCUUGAAUGCAUGUAGCACUCUAGUGCAGCUCCCAAAAUACAAAAUGUUACUACUUAGCAAGGUAUGAGUCAUUGACUUUCUCCAAGCUUUGUUUUUGAGAAACAACAAGCUUGAAAGUGUGACUCAACACAAGCUUCUUGAAUCAACUUGUGUUGCUCACAGUGUGAACAAAGUGUGUUUAAUUUACCACCUCAUCACAAUAAUAAGGUGGCCAGCAAGGACAAACAAGCUGCAACGGCUCAAAACAUCUCCAUUUGGAGAAACAUGCUGCACCUUCAGAAACGAUGGUAACAACGUAAACCUGUGGCAAACGAGAAAACCUGCAGCAGAAAGCCAAAACGAAUACAUUAACAGCAAACACUGUACUAAAACAGAAACAAUGCAAUGUCAGAAACACACAAAUCUCAAAAAGAAAUGCAACUGAAAAAAAAACUGCAUAUCCAGUAAACACGGCAUAUCAUUACACAAUUUGUAAAGUUUUGUACUUAACGCAAAGUUACAUUGUUUAGGUUUAAAAAAGAAUUAUGGUGAAAAGAAACCUUGAAAUAACUAAAAUUUCCUUGUUUUUAUAAGGGACAUUAACACUGGUUUCCAGGGUUAAGGUCCUGUGUUUGUUUGACCAAGCCAAAACCGCAACCUGUGUCCUUUUGUGGACUUUCACUCUUAAUACUACUUGAUUCUUUACCCCUGUCAGACAAGUGGUGAUGUGAUUGCAGCCUUCACAGUCGUGUGAAUUCUGCUGCAAUUCUUUCCGUAGAUAUGCAUACAAACAGUGCAUGAGAACAGCCUGACUCAUACAACAGAAGUUCUCCAGUCCUCCAGGGGGAGCUACUCUAUUAUAAUAUUGUAAAAUCUACAAGAGAAUACAUACUUCUUUGUAUGUUGCUGCUACUCUAUUUUUCCCCCAUUUCAAAGACACACACUUGAUUAGUCUCGCUCUCUCAAGUCAAAAAUCAAGCUGUUCCACUGAGCACUCCCCCAAGAGGUCUGGAGAACGCACAUUAUAUUAACUGCAGCGUUUUUCUGUUGCAUUUGUUUUCAGGAUUUGUGUGUUUUAACUUUGCAUUAUUUCUGUAUUUGUAGCGUGUUUUCUGUUCAGUAUUUGUUCUGGCUUUAUGCUGCAGGGUGUUUCAUUUGCAGUAGAUUUGUGUUGGAUUUUCGUAUGUGUUUUUGAAUUGGCAUUGUCUCUGAAGCUGCAGCACAUUUCUCCUUAUGGAAAUGUUUUGGGGUCAUCGUAGCAUGUUUGCCCUUGUCUGACACCGCACAAUCAGCAUUAGAAAUGACUGGCGACCCUUAAAAGUUGUUAAAACACAAACUUUAAAUUUAUGAAUAAAAAUUAUUCUGAGAACAUUUUAUGCAUUUUCACAAAUUUAGUAAAUUUACAGCCUAACUACAGAAUAUUGACAAGUCACAAUUCCUGCAGCACACUCAAACACACAACAGCAUCAUCCACAUGUAACAUAGCUUUAGGAUUACAUUUCAUCACUUUUUUUGUGAAAACUUGUGAUUUAACUUUUGUUUGACUCAUUUUUCGACUAUUCCAGCGCAUUCUGAGUUUGGCCUGUACUUCUGGUGUGCUUUUUAUUCAAUGUGUAAUAAUAAUAAUAGUGUCUGUACGUUUAUCCUUAUCUUAGCUAAAACUGGAAUGCUACACAUACUUGUGCAUGAGUUUCUAUAUCAAUAAUAGCCCUGGACUUUGUCUCCCAGCAGCACUUUAGCAUCUUAUCUCUGCAACCCUCUGCAGCUAUUGUGUGACUGUUUAUCAUGGUUUUCACAAUAUGUAUUUGAAAGAAAAUAUUCGGUGUAUCAUUGAAAAUGUGGAAGAUUUGUGCCUCAAAUAUCAGAUUUUUUAUAUGUUUUAUCUGCUGCUCAGCACUGGGAUCGUGAUGGUAAAAUGCUGCUGGAAAAUAAAGUCUUUAUAUAGGCUUUGAGUCAGUUAAAUAGAUAGACGAUACUACUUCUUAUACUCUCAUUUUCUGUUAUCUAGUAUAUAAGCAAUGAAAGAGACUAGCAGUUAGUUUCUUUGUGUUUUACAGACGCAUGAUACAUAUACCGGGGCAUUUGUUUACAGCAUAUGUAUGGGCACAUGUAUGUUUUACACGUGUGCGAAAGAGUACUGUCUAUGAAAACUUGCGUUUGCAUUUUUGUGUCUGUGUCAAUACCUGCCUUCCAAGCGAGUUGUUUGGCCAUGUGUUUACGGUUGUUUGUUUGGUGAAUGUCUGCACCCCUCAUGUCAAGCAGUAUUGGUAUGAUCUGCUUUAGCUCCAACCACCGGCAGAGGUGAGGAGAAGAAAUGGGGAGAGGAGAAAAGACAGAAAAAGUAGAGAAGGGAUGCAAGUUUCAGAAAAAGUCAGCAAGAUUAUAGUGAUACUAGAGGAAAUUAGUGCUCAACUGGAGUCCCAAAGCUGUGUACAAGUUAAGGUUACAGCAAAGUACACCACAGUAGCUACUGCAAAUGACCAUCUCAGUACUAGAGAUGUUUUCUUUCUCCUGUGAACUGCUUUCAAAAUGCAGGUCAAGUACCUGAGCAUCCGGAAAAGUUUCAAGGCCUGAAAAAAGUUUCUGUGGUAGAAAAAUGGCCGCUAGCUGGAUAUCAAACACUCGACCAAUCCUAGUGAUGGCAGGGUCAGCAGCCAGAAUCAGGAUAAUGUAUUUGGCCCGGUUCAGGCGAGGAAGUUUAUUUCUCCCAGUGUGCUGAGUUUCGGCUGGGCAAGGUCAUUUUUGAUGAUGGCCAAUUGAUGGCAGUAUCGGCAGCCAGAAACUGGCCUGAUUCUAGGGUAUCAUGUAUCGUGAGCUGAGUCUGGAAACCGGAUGAGGCCCAUCUUAUUACUUCCAGUGUGCUGAGUUUGGGCCAGUUUUGGGCCAGGUCAUUUUUGAUAAGAGCCCAAUUCUUGCAGUGUUGGCAGCGGGACUCUGGUCAGCUUAAUGGGCUGAUUCUAGGGAUCAGUCAUCCAGAGUCUCAGCUGAGACGGGUAACCAGAUGCCGCCCAACUUGUUUGUUCCAGCAUGCCACGUUUUGGGCAUUUUAACUAUCUAGGAUAUGUCACGCAGUUCUACUUUUCUGAUCUAGUUCUUUGUGGGAAAGGAUUCGAGGUUCAACUCACUGUAAUUGGUGUUUUUCAUACAAUCAUCUGCUGUGCAAUAAGAAUUUCCAUCCUAACUACAGCAGCAUUGGGCACAGGUUAAAGCUAGCCAUUCUGAAUCAGGAAAAUGUGUUUUGUCUUUUGUUUUCCCUAGCUAGCAAUAAUUGUGUUGGCCGGAGGGCAGAAUUGGUGCUGAAGCAACUUUCAGAGGGCUCAGGUUAGGACUGUAAUUUAUCAACAUGCAAAAGGCUAUGAGCUCAUGAAGCUUAUGUGCGGGCAUUUGUAUCUGAGAGGAAGAUACCUUGUAUACUUCAGUGCAGCUAACAUUGUGUGGAAGUGGCUGAAGUGCUUCCUCAUAUCACAUUCCUCUUCUUCACAGAGGUACAUCAAGGGAGAUUUUUUUGAAAAAUGGGCACACUCGGGCUCACUGGUGUUUAUUGCUAUUUAUUGGCAUGAAGUUAUCUAUACAGUAUCUGCAGGUGAAGGAGAAUAUAAGCAGUUUCUCACAAGUGUAAUGACAAAUGUGGUACGGGAAUAUGGAUAAUCCGCAUGUGAAUUUUCUGAAUGGCAACUAUGCAUUCCAGUGCAUAUUAUUUUGCGUUGCCAUGUUCAGUUUUCAUUGUAAAAAAUAAAUAAGUGGAAUGGGCCUAGUCAGUUUCCUUUUACAAAGUACCCGUCUCCUUUCCACCCAAUAAAAAAAGAAAAAAAAUCUAAGAGGCUAAUGCAGCAAGCCCCAGUGUGUGACCAACAUAAAACCUAACACCUGCAGAUGCAUAUCGGCUACAUCCCGAUCUGCAUUGUAUUCCAGCUGCUGGGUGAUCUCAAGCUUUAUAUUGUCCUUUACUUGGUUGCUGAAGUAACAUUAGUCAUUGCAGUGUUUGUUGUACAAUACUGGGUGCUGAAAAACCAAAUUGAUAAUUGUUUCACCAUUGGAUAGCAGUUAGCCAUGAUGUGGAGGUAUGACUUCAGUGUAACGAUUUCUUCAGUCAAACAUAGUUCUGAAGGCAGAAACCAGGGGAAAUCGAUAUCCAUCCAAAUAUAUUUGAUCUGCAGGGAUUUGAAAAUAUUAAUAGGAACCUACAACAUUUGUUUUUCUAAAUUUCCGUACAAAUUUUUCCUAUGAAUAUUUGUGCUUGGUGUGAAACAGCUUUUAUGCUGCAGUAUCAUGUAUUUAAAUCACUUGAACGGUAUCUGUCAUGCAAACAGGCAUAGGAGUCACUGUGGUCUCCACAUGCAUGACAGCUGAUAGGACAUUAUGAGUAUCUUAGCCUAUCUGCAGUAUGGAAGGGACUGGAAGUUAAUGAGGAAUCAUUGUUUUGAAUAUAUUUAUUCUAUUAAAACAGAUUUUCUUUUUUCAAUUCAGGGGCCUAUACUAUUUCUUGUAUUUAUAAUGCAGAAGGCAGUGGGGUCUUUACAUAUAUUUGUGUUCUUCCAGACAGUUGGACUGGAAAUUGGCAUAUGCUUUUGAAUAUCGUAACAUUUCCAACACAUGGUUAAAAAAAUUCAUCUGUAAGUGAGUUUAAAGAAACUGAAACAUUUCAAAGAGAUCAUUUUUGCAGGACACUUGCAGAUUGUGCUCUGCUUAUUCCUGAAGAGUGAGCCAGAUGGUAAAGGGCUAGCGGAAAGCUGAGGGAGGCUGAUCCCUGAUUGGAAAAGGCAAGAAUUCCCACUGUAAAGCCAUGCGCUGAGGAUUUUAAAAAUUCUCCUUUAGUUGCCUCGUCACUGGUCUGAAUAUCUUUACACACAGCCUCUUGUAAUGCAUGAUUGCAUUCUGCUUUUUGGUAGUUUUGAGACCUGUUUCUUCAAGUAUUUUGACAUCUUGAUUGGGUUAAUGAAUGAGGAAAGUCACUGAUUUUGAGAGAGUCUAAAUUAGCUUCUAGAGUUGAGAACAGAAGAGCAGCUUUCACAUUUUGUCCACGAUUAUCAGUCUGAAAGGAAAUGACUGUUGUGCUUUGGACUAAAUCUGUUUCCAUUAUUUGUGUGUUGCACCUCCAUUCUUGGUAUUUAUUCCAGUCAGUGUCUCCUGUAUUAUAACAACAACAAAUAACUAUAUAUACAUAUACAUAAACAUAUAUAACUGUGCCAAAUGUUGAUAUUUACACCAUGUGGUCAGUAUUGUAAAGGAAAAGAGAAGUCUUACUCCAGGAUUUGUGUUUUUGUUUCUGAUUCCUUCCUGCUGAAGGAGAAGCAAAAUGAACUCUGCAUGAAAAAUGCUUUGUUUUACCUUUUUAUUAGUGAGGAUUUAUAUACAUUUAACAUAUUAGGGUGAAAUAUGUUUUUGUGUGUCUGCAGUGCUGCAAAAGCAUAAUCCAAACUACUGUUGUGCGUGCUAUGUGUUAAAAUAAUGCAUCUAAAUACAUCUAAAGAGAAAAAAAAGGAAGAAAAAAAAUGCUUCUCACAAUGCUUUCCAUGUGCCAAAAUUAUUUUUGUUUGUUUGUUUUCCAGGAAAAACAGGCAUACCUUAAAUAAAGGAUUUAAAAGAUG